UUUGAUACACAGUGAUAUAUUUGUCGUUUAUUCUCCGCCGGAUGUUUCCGUUUAAUGUUUUGCAAAACAUUGCACACGCAAGUGCCUUUGUUCAUACUAACGGUGCCUAUAAAACGGGUCCGUCCAUUAGAUGGUCUCAUUAGAGUUUCAUUUAUCGAAGCAAGUUCGACAAGCAGCCGGACAAUGAAAAUAAAAUUCCUCGUGAUUAUAUUUGCUACUAUCAUAAUUGCAGCGCAAUGCCGCUCCGUUACGCCUCCAAAUGCAGGAGAUGUAGACGAGAAGACUCUUGUUAACACGCCGAAGCAAUUGAAAGAGCUGAUUUCGUCGUAUGAAGAGUAUUUCGCAAAGCUCAUAAACUUUGUCUUAAAAAUUAGCAAAAAUAAGGAUAAUAAUGAACAAGAGAUACAAUUUUUAAAUCGAUUAACCUUGCUCAUUGAAGAAAUUACUAAAGACUUGUCAAAAGUAAAGAAUAUGCACGCUAAGCUUGACAACGAUACGGACUCUACUUUGCAGGCAUCGAGUAGCAAACCGACGAUGAGGAAUGUUUAUAAUGUAAAAGAUCUAAUCAAUACUAUAAAGGAAAUUGAUAUUGUUUAUCAAAAUGGAGAGAUUACUGACGAGCAUAUUCGCAUCAAACGCGCCACUGAAGGAUAUAAAGACGUUUUGUCUUUUGCAACGUCGGAAGAACAAAUAAGUGAUAUGCUUGAUAUUCAACGUCAACUAUUGCAAAUUCGGAAAUGUUUGGACAAAUUAUGCAAAAAACAUCAUCUGACAAUUACUUCGGAAGUAAAUUCCGAUAAUGACAUUUCUUCCGUCAGUGAAUCAAAUAAAGUAUCGAUUACAUAAAAUAAACACACUGAAGAGAAAAGCUAAGACGCAUUAUUCUAGUAAAGAUUUAAUAUAAAAUGUAUGAAUAGUAGUAAUUAAAUUUUAAUAUA